UACCUUUGUAGUGCUGAAUUUCGUAUUCAUAUUCUUCGAGUCUAAGUCUUCAUCUAAUUCAUCUAGAGGAAGGGUCUUUGCAAUUUUUGAGCCAAGUGAGUGCUUGGUGGUCGGUUCGAAUAAUGAAUCGUCUUUCUAACAGAAUAAUUUUUCUCUGGUGGGUUGAGUGUUCGUGAUAUGUAACAGCAAGGAUGUCCGACUUGUGAUAGGAUUGCGCCUAUUCCUUCAUUGGAAGCGUCUGUGUGAUAAAACAUGUCGGAAGCUCCCGCAAUUGGAAUUGACUUGGGCACCACGUAUUCCUGCGUCAGUGUCUUCCAACAUGGAGAAGUCAAGAUCAUUCCAAAUGAUCAGGGAAAUCGAACGACACCGAGUUUUGUCUCCUUUACAAACGGAGAAAUACUGAUCGGCGAAGCAGCCGAAGAUCAGAUGGAGACAAACCCAUUGAGCACUAUCUUUGAUACGAAGAGACUGAUCGGCCGUGGCUAUUAUGAUAAGACGGUACAGACAGACAGGAGAUACUGGCCCUUUGUGGUGGUAAAUGAUAAAGAUAAAGUAAAGAUCAGGGCUUUAUACAAGGGUAAAAUAGAGAGAUUCUUCCCUGAAGAAAUAUCUUCCAUGGUGCUUAAGAAGAUGAAGCAGACAGCAGAAGCGUACUUAGGGAAGACUGUUACCGACGCCGUUGUUACUGUUCCAGCAAACUUCAGUAUCUCUCAGAGACAAGCCACCAAAGAUGCAGCAGUAAUUGCAGGUCUAAACGUUUUGAGACUAAUGAACGAAUCAACAGCGGUGGCGAUAGCUCAUAGUUUAUACAGACAGGACACAGAAAAGAAGUCCGCGUUGAUCAUUGACUUAGGAGGUAGCACCUUCGAUGCUUCCGUUGUUACCAUUAUGAAUGGUAAUUUCGAAGUCAUAAAAACACUAGGCGAUAGUCAUCUCGGCGGAGAAGACUUCAAUGACAGAAUGGUGGAUUAUUUCGUUAAAACUAUCAGGAUGAACUAUAGGAAAGACUUAAGAAUAAGGACAGUCGAGAAUAUCAAGGUUCUUAAUCGAUUAAGAAUCGCGUGUGAGAAGGCGAAGAGAACUUUGAGUUCAUCAACGAAAGCCAGGAUCGAAAUAGAUUCUCUCUUCGAGGGCAUUGAUUUCUACGUAGACAUCACCAGAGAGCAAUUUGAACAACUUUGCGAGGAUCUGUUCACAAGGAUAUUGAAUAUAGCUACGUUAGCUGUGAAGGAUGUAUACCAUCUUGACCAGUUUGUUCUAGUCGGCGGAUCUAGCAGAAUACCAAAGAUUCAGAAAUUAUUACAAGAUCACAUAUGUUGCGAUUACACAGAAAUUAACAAAUCGAUCAAUCCUGACGAAGCUGUUGCCUAUGGAGCAGCUGUACAGGCUGCUAUUUUGCGCGGCAAUAAGUCGGAAGUACUUCAACGUUUAUCACUAGUGGAUAUCCUUAACCUACCUCUGGGUAUAGAAGGAGCUCGUGGUGUCAUGAUACCCGUGAUCGAGAAGUACAAGAGGAUACCAAUAAAAGAAACGAAAACCUACACAACGUAUUCCGAUAAUCAACCUGAUGUCCUGAUCCAUGUAUGCGAUGGUGACAGAGCUAUGACUAUAGAUAAUAAUAGUGUCGGCAAGUUCGAGCUUACUGGCAUUCCACUUGCACCUAGGGGCGUACCCCAGAUUCAAAUAACAUUUGACAUCGAUGCAAGUGGUAUUCUGACCAUCUCUGCCAUUGAGAAAUCAACUGGAAAGGAGCACAAAAUUACCGUCAGGAACCAAGAACGAUCGGAGGCAGGCAUCAACAGUAUGGUGGAGAAAAUGAAAAUGUAUUGUAAGGUAGAUCAAGAUCAACAGAUUGCUGCCGAGAACUCCUUGACGUUCCAUUGUUUGGACACGAAGAGUACAAUACUGGAGGAUGAGAAGAUCAAAGAUAAGAGCGAUUCGUCUAACAAGCAAGAGGUUACCAAUAAAUGGAACGAAGUAAUUUCAUGGUUGUAUGCGAAUCAAUCGGCAAAGGAAAAAUUCGCUGAUAAACAAAAAGAAUUGGAAGCCAUCUGCAAUUCUAUUGUUAUAUUACUUAGUAGUUAAUUCUUUUUAUAGUUACUUAUAGUUAAUUGCAUUAAGGUGGAGCCACACCUAGUGGAUUCCCUGGUGGAUUCCCUGGUCCUGCUCCAGGAGGCGGUAGCGCGGGUGCUCGAGAACCAGCCAUCGGACAAGUUGACUAAAUGCAACACACUGUCCACUGAACUGAACAUCUUUCUACAUUUCAUCUUAUUUAUUUCAACAUCGCUUUGUACAUCGAUUCUCAUAUUUAUUUAUCAUAGAAAUAUUUAUGUUUUGAGAUCAGAGGCUUUAUUUUACUGUAAGAAAAGUAUUGAAAAUUCGUAAUGUA